AUGAGUAAGCAGCACAGAUGGUUCAUGUUGGCAGUUAGGAUAAUCAGCACCAUGGAACCUCAGGUGUCAAAUGGCCCUUCAUCAAACACUCCGAAUGGCCCAUCAAGCAACAAUAGAAACUGUCCAUCACCUAUGCAGACAGGUGCUCCUACAGAUGACAGUAAAACUAACCUCAUAGUCAACUAUCUUCCCCAAAACAUGACACAAGAAGAAUUCAGAAGUUUGUUUGGGAGCAUCGGUGAAAUAGAAUCAUGCAAACUUGUUCGAGAUAAAAUAACAGGGCAAAGUUUGGGAUACGGUUUUGUGAACUAUGUUGAUCCAAAGGAUGCAGAGAAAGCAAUUAAUACUUUAAAUGGGCUUAGACUUCAGACCAAGACCAUAAAGGUUUCUUAUGCUCGUCCAAGCUCUGCAUCAAUUCGUGAUGCUAAUUUGUAUGUUAGUGGCCUUCCUAAAUCUAUGACUCAGAAAGAAUUGGAGCAGAUGUUUUCACAAUAUGGCCGAAUCAUCACUUCCAGAAUUUUAGUUGACCAAGUCACUGGUGUUUCUAGAGGAGUUGGGUUCAUCCGUUUUGAUAAACGAAUAGAAGCAGAGGAAGCAAUCAAGGGACUGAAUGGGCAGAAACCUUCCAGUGCUACAGAACCAAUAACUGUGAAAUUUGCCAAUAAUCCCAGCCAGAAAACAAGCCAAGCACUACUCUCACAGUUGUAUCAGUCACCAAGCAGACGUUAUCCUGGGCCCCUGCAUCAUCAGGCUCAGAGGUUCAGGCUGGACAAUUUGCUUAAUAUGGCCUAUGGCGUAAAGAGAUUCUCCCCAAUCACAAUUGAUGGCAUGACCAGCCUUGUUGGAAUGAAUAUUCCUGGACACACUGGAACAGGCUGGUGUAUCUUCGUCUACAACCUUUCCCCUGACUCAGAUGAAAGUGUUCUCUGGCAGCUCUUUGGACCAUUUGGAGCCGUAAACAAUGUCAAGGUCAUUCGUGAUUUUAGCACAAACAAAUGCAAGGGUUUUGGGUUUGUCACUAUGACAAACUAUGAUGAAGCAGCCAUGGCAAUUGCAAGCCUAAAUGGAUACCGCUUGGGUGAUAGAGUUCUACAAGUAUCAUUCAAGACCAACAAAACCCACAAAUCCUGAAGUGCAGAUAUAAUGUUACA